CCACAGGUCGCUGGAAAAAAUAGUAGAAAUUGACACACCAGAGGAGUUAGAUGCUGGCCGAGGGGUACAGUUUGUGCCCCGUGAAGCCUGGUAGAGGCUAAGCAGAAACUGUCCAAACAAGAAAAACAACCAUCGAGAGGGGCUAGGAUUUGGGCUACGGGAUUGGUCAGAUUGAUCAUGUGAUAGGCAGAAUGACACAGAUAGUUUUGUUUUCUCCAUCACUUGUUUCUUGACUUUCCCAAGACGAGACGUGUUUCAAGACGACCCCUUUAUCUAGGUCACCGACACAGACCGUGAUCCCUCCUCGAAGCACGUACAUCAUCGUUCCAGCGGCUUCCUCCUAACUUCCGCUACACACCUACCCCAACAUGACGUCUACCAAGGUCGCUCUCGUCACCGGAGGUACCCGCGGUAUCGGGUACGGGAUCGCCCAGGAGCUGGCCAGCGCAGGAUACAGCCUCAUCCUGGGGUACAAGGAGAACCAUCAGCGCGCCGAAGGUGCCAAGGCCGAGCUUGAGGAGACCUACAAGGUGCGCGUGUUCGUGGUCGCAGGAGGGACGGAGGAGGAGGCCACGGCGGACGCCUACUUCGUCUGCGUCGACGAGAACUUCGACGGCAAGCUAACGGCGCUGGUCCACAACGCCGGCGGUUAUUUCGGCGGUAGAUCGACGGGACCGCCCAAGCCAGAUGCUAACGGAAGCUGGUUCGCGGGAUGGGAGGCGUACGAGUUCUACCAUAACAUCUACGCGAAGUGCUUCCUUCGGCUGGUGGAAAAGGCCGUGACGCGCAUGGAAGACGAGCGCGGCUACAUCGUCGCCGUGUCCGGAGUCGGCUGCAACAGUAACGCGAGCCCCAGCCUUCCGUACUUUACCCCGGGUACCGCCAAGUCCAGCAUGGAGUACAUGGUGAGGAGCUACGCCAAGCAGCUGGCGCCCAGGCGCAUCACCUGUAACACCAUCAUCCCGGGAAUGAUCGACACAGACGCGUGGGCAGCGAUGAAGGAGAGGCUUGGCACCGACGGCGUACAGGGCAUGGUGAGCAGGCUAGUCGGGAUGAAGCGCUGGGGCACCCCGAAGGACGUCGGCGGCGUCGCGGCGUUCCUCUGCUCGGAGAAGGCGUCCUUCAUCACCGGCGUGGCCAUACCUGUGGACGGAGCCUUCCAUCUCAAGUAGAAACCUUCCUCACUUCACCCAGGUGUAAACAUGGGUACCUGACGGGGAGGUGGCAAUGUUGAUAUAAGUUACUAACUUGAGUGCAGUGCCACAUUGUUCUCGUCGGUCCAAAAGCAAAAUAAAACAAAUAAAAAAAGUAUUAACAAGAACGCUGGAAAGUCCACAUAGGCCUACGUCACAUUUCCAAACCGGUGCCCGGCGGGGCAGCGUCUGGGUACGAAAAGUAUGAUAUAAAAGACACCAAACUACACAAGACUUAAAGAGAAUAGUCGUGGGCAUUAUUUGUGUAUAUUUGUACGUAUACAUUUCCAUUUUUCGUUUCCACAAACAGCCUGGCCAGGCCCCGGUUUGGAAAUGUGACGUUAGCCAUAGCUUGAUUUACGUAUACCUUGAAUUCAGAAGAAACCCCUACGUAUUACGUAUACGCUAAAGUAAAAGAAGGCACUUGUGCUAAGAUUUGGUCACCCUGCUACGAACUAAACUAAACGAACGAACUAACUUCGGUAGAUCAUAUUUCCGUUAUUUCUGCAUCAAUCUCAAUGUAUUGUAUAGCAAUAGAAAGCUUGCGUGAUUUCAUUUCCAAUGGUAUCACACUCAUUAUCACUGUUAACUCAUGGAACAAGCACCAUGCCUGCUUAUGUGAGUGGGUCACCAACAAAAAGGUGCUCAAAUUUUCCUGGCCUGUUUCGUCUCAACACCGUAUCGUCCGGUUGUUGUGGCCGCGGAUGACAAUGAUUCAAUCAAUCCUUUUCACGUAAUCUUUGGUAUACAGAACAUCGAAAUUUAUUUUAAGCACAUCUGAGGAGAGUAUUUCUAUGAGUGUAAAUUCAUGGAACGAGCACCAGGCCUGCUUACGUACAGUGGGUCGCAAAAAUAAAGUGCCGAAAUUACCCUGCUAAAAUCAAAGACCCCAUUCAGUUCAUUUCUUCCGUCGGUAUUGACUUGUGAAUGAAGGCAAGUUGAAUAAACAAGACAUGUUAAUCAAA